AUGAAGAAACACUCUGCCAUCAACGUAAAUAGUUCCAGUAGAAUAAACGAGAUAAAAGCUAGGAUAUCUCUGAAUAGAUUCGAUUCUCGCUACGAAAAGCUCUAUACAUUGGGUAAGGGCAAUUUCGGAAAAGUGUAUCUGGUGGAGGAUAGAGAAUCAGGGGAGCAGUAUGCUGUUAAAGUGGUCGAUAAAAAGAUGUUCAAAUCAGGGGAUCAAAGACAGCAUGCUCAAAGAGAACAAUCUAUUUGUGAGACAUUUGCUUCAGGUCUCAGCCAUAAGAAUAUUGUUCGAGUGUAUGAUGUCCUGACUGAAGACGACUAUAUUUACAUUGUCAUGGAGUAUGUGGAAGGUGGCGAAUUAUUUGACAAAAUCAAGCAAUCAAAAGGCUUGGCUGAGCCAACAGCACGCAGAUGGUUUAGAGAGAUCAUAGAAGCAGUAGAGUAUAUUCACGAUAAUAACAUUGUACAUAGAGAUUUGAAACCAGAGAACGUACUCAUUGACAGCACACAGCGAAUCAGAAUAUGUGAUUUUGGCUUUGGUAACGUCUUCAAGGAGAGGCAUCAGGUACUGAGCACUUACUGUGGUAGUCCGUUUUACGCUGCACCUGAGAUGGUUACUGCCACACCAUAUCGUGGGCCUCCAGUCGAUUUAUGGAGCUGUGGUGUUAUAUUAUUUGCCAUGUUGACAGGAUCUCUGCCAUUUCAAGGAGAUGAGAUGCCUCAGUUAUUUCAAAAGAUCAGUCGUGGCCAAUAUACUAUUCCUCCAUACGUAACACGAGACGCAUCUGAUUUGAUUCAAAAGCUACUAUGCAAAGAUGCUAAAGACCGUAUAACAGCCAAAGAUUGUCUAUUGCAUCCAUGGCUAUUACCACCUACUAUGACUCGUUGUUCACUGUUAACCUCGUCCCAGUUGACUCUUAGCAGUAGACUCACAAACUUUUCUUCAAGAAAAAAAGUAAGUGCGUUUUCCAAAGCGUCGUCGGUUUCCAUGGCAACAUCACUAUCCAGUUUAACAAAAGCACAUAACAAAACAAUCACUACAGAGCACACAACAUCCAGCGAUAAGCACUCGAAGCCCUCUGAAUUCUUCAUGCGGAUAUUUAGAAAGAAAUCACAAAUUACGCCAGUCAAUAACCACAACCUAGACCAUGUCAAAAAUGAAAAAACCAUCAAAACUAAAUUCACAUUUGAUCGAUUUAGAGGGUUCUUCAAAAAUUCAUUCCAGAGGCGAAUUACUGCAGAAUAA